AUGGGCGAACAGAGGUUGGCUCUGCAUCAUUUGGCCGCUGACGCACAUGCACGAGCGUUGAAGCAUAUCGACAAAGCCACAGCUGAACCAUCAAUAUCUACCCUUCAGGUGGUUAUCCUGCUGAUUUUGUAUACACUGUUCGAUCCCAAGAGCGGCAAUGUCAGUCAACAGCUUGGAUUCGCUGUGCGGUUGGCGAUCGACCUGGCCGGAUCGGAUAGCUACGAGCAGCCAUCCACCCUCUUGACACUUCAUAAAAUCAUUUAUUGUCUAGAGAACCAUGUUUGCAAUGUCUUGGUUCGGCCAACCUCGUUACCGGAGCCAUCACUCCCACCACGCUCCCUGAUUGAAGAGCCCCUCGAUCUCAUGUGCACGCUAUAUUGUCUCCGAUCAAGGACGCGACAGCAUGCUGCAGAUGACACUCUAGACAAGAGCUUUCUUUCUUUAGACGAUGUUAAGUUGCACUCACUCCACCCAAAUGCACGUGCAACAGUGUGGGAAACGCGUCUCAUGUUAGACAUUUCGGUCUCGGCGGCUUGCCAGUUGGUCGAGACGUAUGCAGAAGAUGAAUACAUCGUAACGUUUUUGACAGUACACUGGGUCCACAAGGCUGCGAUGACAAUCGUCGAUGCAGAAUUUACUUCAGAAGGUCAGUCACGACAUGAGAUUAUACUGGCUUAUGGAAGAGCGACAGCAUUUCUAGGUAAAUGGUCUGCAAGAUGGGAAGCCGCCGGUAUCCUCCUGGAUUGUCUACAUUCUCGACUCCAAGUCGCCGCGAAAAAGAAAGAGGCCAGUGUUAGUCGAUAA